AUGAACCACGCGGCCGCCAAGCCGCCGCCGUCGCCCGCCACCUCGUCCAACGGGGCGUCGCACUCCGAGGCCGACUUGAGCGACUCCGAGCUCGACGUCACCGGCACCGAGCCGGUCGACUGCACCAAGCCCAAGGACGACGACGCGGAGAAGAAGGACAAGAAGCACGAGAAGCCCGCGUACAGCUACAACGCCCUCAUCAUGAUGGCCAUCCGCAACAGCCCCGAGAAGAGGCUCACGCUCAACGGCAUCUACGAGUACAUCAUGACCAACUUCCCGUACUACCGGGAGAACAGGCAGGGCUGGCAGAACUCCAUCCGCCACAACCUAAGUCUGAACAAGUGUUUCGUGAAAGUGCCGCGCCAUUACGACGACCCCGGCAAGGGCAACUACUGGAUGCUGGACGCGUCCGCCGAGGACGUGUUCAUCGGAGGCACCACCGGUAAGCUGCGGCGGCGGUCGGCGCUCAACGGCCGCUCGCGCCUCGCCUGCUUCAAGAGGCCGCUGUUCCCCGGCGCGCCUCUGCCGGGCGGCUACCCGCCGGCGACCUACUCGCAGCUGGUCGGCCUCUACUCGCAAUUGCUGUACCAGAGGUACGCGCCGAUGCAGAUGAAGGCGCCGCCCGUGGCCCCGAGCGCGGUGCACCCGGCGUUCAGGGGCGCCGAGGCGAUGGGCUACGGCCUGCCCUACUCGCCCGCCUUCUCGUACGCUUCGGAGCGGCUGCCGACGGCGCCGUUCCUCGGCCAGUCGCCCCUGCUCCAGAACUCGCUGGCGCAGACCUCCCCGCUGCUGGCGCCCUCGCCCCCGAUGGUGGCGCACUCGCCCCCGACGUCCGGCGCCUCCAGCCCUGAGCUGUCGCCCUCGCACCACCCCCUGACGCCGCACAUCUACAAACCCAUCACGGUUCUGACGCGGCAG